AUGAAGGAGACUGUAUUGGUGACCGGUGCUUCUGGUUACUUAGGCGGUAGACUUUGCCACGCCCUUCUCGAUCAAGGCUACCACGUUAAGGCUUUUGUCCGCAAGACCAGUAACCUCUCAUCCUUACCUCCGCCCACUGACGGCGGCGCAACUGGCGGAGCUCUUGAGCUGGCUUAUGGAGAUGUUACCGAUUAUAAUUCCCUCUAUGAAGCUUGCAAUGAUUGCCAGUUAAUUUUUCAUGCUGCUGCCCUCGUUGAGCCCUGGCUUCCAGACCCCUCCAAAUUCUUUACUGUUAAUGUUGGAGGAUUGAAGAAUGUUAUACAGGCCUGUAAGGAGACCAAAUCAAUUCAGAAAAUUAUUUAUACGUCGUCGUUUUUCGCAUUGGGAUCGACUGAUGGGUAUAUUGCAGAUGAAACUCAAGUGCAUCCUGGUGAACAUUUCUGCACAGAGUAUGAAAGAUCGAAGGCAAUGGCAGAUAAAAUUGCUUUGGAAGCUGCAUCCGAGGGUUUGCCGAUAGUGCUGAUUUACCCAGGAGUUAUAUAUGGUCCUGGCAAAGUGACAAAUGGAAACUUUGUUUCGCAGAUGCUUGUAGAACGCUUUAAUGGACGGCUACCUGGAUAUGUGGGAAAAGGAAAUGACAAGUUCUCUUUCUGUCACGUUGAUGAUGUAGUUCAGGGACACAUUGCUGCAGUGGACAAAGGUCGACCAGGUGAAAGGUAUCUUCUUACAGGAGAAAAUAUGUCAUUCAGAGAUGUAUUUGAUUUAGCUGCUAGCAUUACUAAGACGGCAAAACCUUGGUUCACCAUACCACUGUCUAUGGUUGACGUAUAUGGAAGGCUAUCUGUUAUUGGUGCCCGGAUAACCGGAAAGCUUCCCAUAGUCAGUCCCCCGACUGUUGAUGUUCUGAGACAUCAGUGGGCUUACAGUUGUGAGAAGGCCAAGGCAGGGCUGGGUUAUACCCCGAGAAGCUUCGAAGAUGGGUCGAACGAAGGCAAAGGAUUUGUGAAAGAUGUUGUGACUUACAUGGUAAUGGAUGAUCUAAUUGUGAAGCCCAUGUCAACUAUUUCUAGCAUUGCUUCGCUUAGCAAGUUUAAUGUCAAGGAAUUGGCUGCGCUGCAGGAGAAGGAAGUAAACUUUGGGUUGAAUGAGGGUUUGAAGCUGUUGAAGGCAUCUCUGCAUACUGGCGAUGUUCUAACCACCGUCUUCCUCAAUGGUGAAGAUGAAAUCAAGAAUGUUACUACUUCAAGAAAAAGAGAGCAGGGCGACAACCAGCCACCAGGAGAGUGCCUUCAGCCAUGGGAGAUUGAGAGAGAACGAGCGGAGCCGCUGAGCUUGGACAUUGGAACGGGCGGAGCUCGGAAUGAGCAGGGCGACAACCAGCCACUAGGAGAGUGCCUUCAGCCGUGGGAGAUCGAGAGAGGACGAGCGGAGCCGCUGAGCUUGGACAUUGGAACAGGCGGAGCUCGGAAUACCAUUUUUGCAAGUUUUUAUAAAUUGAUUUUAUUGGAUUUGUGUCGAUUGAGUCAAUUGUCAACAGCUACAAGAAGAAAUUGGAAGACUGAAUACAUAAUGGGCCGCAUCUUCCAAAUCCUGUGA